GGAGACCUGCUAGUAGUUUGACCAAGGGGCGAAGAUGAAGUUUAUAACAUCAUGUCUUCUAGCAGUCAUCCUAUCCUGCCUUCUUGUAUACAUUUCUGCACUAGAUGUAAGUUAAUUUUCUCUAUGUUGUACUUUAAAAUCUCAACUAGUGAUGUUAGUUUUACACGUGUAUCUUUUUGAAUUUCAUCAGUUUAAAGAGGAAUGUUUGGCGUCAAGCAUUAAUCAUGUAUAAGGCUUGAUGUCGAAACAUUGCAAAUAGUUUUAUUCUCCUGAUCCUGAAUAAAACUCUUUCCUAUUUGCACCACUAUGUGAAGCCUUUGGAAUUUUAUUUUAAAUACUUGUAAGGGAUCUCUGUGAAUCCCUUCCAUGGAAUUAGAUAGCAUGCCUCAUGCUAUGUGUAAAAAAUCAUGCUCUACUUCAGGGGUGUCCAAUAGGUAGAUUGCCAGAUGUUGUAGAACAAGAACUACCAUGAUGCUUUACAUGCCUUUAGAAUUCCUUUGGAAUGACAAAGUAUUAUAAAAGCUGUAGUUUUAAAACAUCUGGGGAUCUACCUUUUGGGUGUCCCUGCUCUACUUAUUGUUUGGCACUCAAAUGGUUAAUAUUUAUUAUUCUAUCGGUAAAGAGUUUACAUUUAUUUUUGGUUUGCUAUUUACCAUUACAGCUUUUAUACCCCAUAUUUACAAUAACGAAUAAAACAAUUUAGUAAUGAAUAUAGUAAAAAGGAGAAUCGUACUUGUUACUUUUUAAAUAACCAACUACUGCACAUAAAUAUAAAUGCUUAUUUUCAGAAAGGGAAAUAUAAGGGGUCGGAUGUAUUUGAGUAAGGGAGAAAAAAAGAACUGGACUAGUAUGGUAACAACAAGAAAAUAAAAAUGUUAGGGGACAAAGGACUCUUGUAACACCCAAGUGAACUUGGUCACUUUUUACAUUCCCCAUACUGUAGACUUCUCACUAACUCAGAACUCAACAAGUAACCUAGGAGGACCUUAUGUUUAACCUGUCCACCUUCCAAUGCUCAUGAUAAUAUAAAUAUAGAUGGCAUAGCCGUCCAUAGCAGUGCCAGUGUAAUUACAGGUAGUCCCCCUGCUGCCUGAAAAAAGUAAAAUAAAAGUUUUUUAAAAACAGUUUAAAAUAAAAUAUAUACUUAGAUUAUUUAUAUAUAUAUAUAUAUAUAUUUGUGUAAGGGGCAAAUAGCCGUAUAUGGAGUAAAGUUCCAGCAUAAGCGUAGGAUAGUAUAAAGGGAGCAAGUCGGUUGUGGUGUGCCGAGACAGACAAUACGGUAGGCCUGUAAAUAAAGAGAGCCCACCAAGGAGUAAGAAAGUAAAGUAAAUGGAAAGAGAAAGUGUUGAAAUGAGGAGUGGGUGGGAGGGUCAUUCUGAUGCUGACCUCAAGCAAUAUGGAGUCAGGUAAGGGGUGUCCUUUAUAUAGGGGAGUGAAUUAAUUUAAGCCCCUCCCACAAAUACAGGCCAAACGGCCUUAAUACUUGUGUAAGGGGCAAAUAGCCGUAUAUGGAGUAAGGUUCCAGCAUGAGCGUAGGAUAGUAUAAAGGGAGCAAGUCGGUUGUGGUGUGCCGAGACCGACUAUACGGUAGGCCUGUAAAUAAAGAGGGCAAAAAUGAAUAAUCAAAGAUUUAAUACAGUCAACAAAUGUAUGCAAAUUAACCAGAUAUUUCCUUAAAUACAUUAUGGUAUUUAAUUCCUGGAAGUAUUUUGAAGGUAGGAAUCUAGGACCGCAACUGGACACCAUUUGUUGUGGGUAGGAUAGUAUGUUAUAUCUACUGCUGGUGCGUGUUGACUCAUUUCGGAAUGUGGUAGAGCCAAUAGGUAAUGAUAUAUGUGUUUACGUAGGUGGGAUCCUUGAAGACAAUGAACUGUCUGAGUGGUGGUGAUGGUAGUGGAUUCUCUGACCUGAGUAAGGCAUAGAAGGCAGUGUGCAUGGCUGGUAAUGGCCGACUUGGUGGUAUAAUUGAAUGGUUGUUGAUCUAAUAGGUCCGAUAAGGAUGGAAAAGUUGGAUGGCUAUUGGUAAUCUCUGAGAGGAACAUGGGGGAAUGCAUUCCUGAAAACCUCUGAGUAUAUUCUUGUCUGGUAUCAUAGCAUGAAGUUAUGGUAGGUUUAGCCAUAGGUUAUCCAGUGUUGUUGAAUACCUGUAAAAUAUAUAAUUAAUGGUGUGUGAGAGUUUUAGUUUAAGGUGGCAAAAAGAAGCAAAACCUAGGAGAAAUGUUAUGACACAGGUUGAGCUAUGUCGUGUUCCAAUGAGAUUCUUUAAGCCAGGUGAAAAGCUGUGUUAUGCAUUCUACAAGUAUGGGACAAAAGUGCUAGGUGGGAUAGUGCAUGCUAUGCUGCAUGAGUAUGUCUAAUCCAUGAUUUUGUCUCUGGAACGAAAGAGCGGCUGUAACUGUAUGGGCGGCUGUAGGAAGCGUAUGAUGACCAUGCCUGGAAUAUAAAUGAGACAAUUGUUGGCAGGGAUGUAUACCUCCGCCUGGUACAUGAAAGUAAAAGAAAUGUGAUAAGUGGCCAACCAAGUGAGUUCCCCAGAAAUAUCAUGAUCGUAUGUAUGAUGAGUGGCAUUUGUUAAUGAUAUGACAUGUGCUUAGUUGUCCGAGUAACAACGGAUUGAUGACCCUGACCAUGAUUUACCCCAUGCCACAGCAGCUGCUACAAUGGGGUAGAUCCCCCAAAGGGCUGAGAUGGUGGAAAAAUUUCCAAACCUGGAUGCCAUGGCCAACAGCUCCAAAGCAAUCGUUCCCAGUAGAUUGCUGCCAAACCUGUGGUAGACACCGCGUCUGACCAUCUGGUUGGAGAAGUGUCAGACAAUCCUGGAAGGAACAUGCUUUUACCAUGCCAAGUGAUUAAGAAAUCCCCCCCCCCCCCAUGCGCAAGUCUGCUGUGGCUGGAGUGUCUAGGGACAUCCUCUGAUAAUCAUGUUGGAACUGUGGAAAAAAGGGGAAAGUACUCUGGAUGUGGUAUGAUUUGCAUGGAAAAAUUAAGGAACCUGGUAGGGAUUGUAGUUCUUCUGGUUGUAAGUACUAAGCAGGAAGUAGUGAUUGAUGUAGUUGAGAAUGUUCCCUAUUUGUCUUGUGGUAACUUGCGUGUAUAUUCAAGUCGUAUGCCCAGUAAUGUGAUGAUGGUACUGGGACGCCCAAGUGAUCAACCAGACUAAGCUGCUGUGUGGCUUCUAGUGAAAAAUAUGUUAUUUUUGAUCAACAAGAAGUAUUCUAGAUAGUGUAUGACUGUAAGGCCUCUUAAUAUGUUAUCAUAACCAGCACAGAGUAUCUGCGAAUAUCUAUAGUAGGCUAAUCUGUAGCCCGAAAGUUGAGCGGGGAAAGGAUUGCCCAUUUUAUGCCAUGUAAGUGCCAGUGUGUAGUGUAGAUGGUAGCCGUUUACUGCGUUGAUGAUAUUGGUCUUACUUAACCAAGCUUCAACCCAUGCUUGAGUGAUAGCUGUAAAGGUAGAUGAAUGGUGUUAUAUAGUAAGGAAACUCCUCGGAGGGUAUGAGGGAGUUGAGACUUGGGGUAGUGGAGGUGUGUGUUGCCAAUAAGUCUAUGGUUGGUCUAAGGGAAGAUUUCCUUGUGACAAUACCAAUGUAUUUGUGUUUGGCACCAUGCUGUAAAUGGUGGAGAUUGGAAAACCCAAGUAAAAACCCCUCUGCAAAUCUUGGCUAUGAGUGUGUUUACAGCCGAUGGUUCUGUUGUGCGGACUGUAAGUGAGGGCAUGCUAUAUUCCUGGAAGGUGCAUUUAUGAUACCUGUAUGGCAGCCCUUUGAAGCUCCAGAGCUUUAGUAAAUCUACUACAAGUCUGGAAGGGUGAUGAGUCAGUAGUGUUGAAAAUGCAUUGGUGUGUAAAGAUGGUGAGUACGUUUUUUGUAAGUUGUAUUGGGACACAUGGUUUGUCAUGUGCCCUGAACCAUUUGAACAUAUAUGCAACAGUCAAUAUGCAAUGCAACUACUCAUACCAAUUGUCUCUGGUAGUUCAGAGGUGCUGGUACCUGGAGCCUGAGAGUGCUCAUCCGUUUGUUUGGGACAAAAUCCCUUCUGUAUGGGUACCUGCAGAAAUAAACAUUUCUACAUAUGCCAACACAACCAAGGGAUGGUCAGUUCCCGAUUUACCUGGAAUCCCUGGAUCUGACCAUCACAGAUACAUCAUCAUACAUAUAUAUGCCUUGUUUCCCCUGUGCUGGGAUAAUAUGCGCAGGGUUAACGUCUUGUGUGUCAUAAGAAUUGAUUGUACCAGGUAACCGAGUUUCGGUUGGUGCUGGUUAUACAGUAGCGUGAAGCCCAGCCUUGUGAGGGCUGUGGUGACCGACUCGAGAUUGCCAGUCUGUCAUAAAUCUUUUGGCUCAUGAGUUUAUGAGUGAGGCUAGCAUGGCCUGGGUGUCACCUGAGUUGGUGUUGCUGGGCCUUCCCCUGCCUCCGUGUUGUCCGUUGAUGUAUGGAGGAGUUUGAAUAACUCUGCUUUCCUUGCUGUGGCAGGGUAGGGGAUUUGUCGCCUCCUUAGGUUGGUGGUAAUGUGUGGGAUCGUCCAGGAUCUGAUUGCUGUUGGGCUAGCAACAUUUCCUCUGCUUGAAGGUGUAUCAAUUCUAGCCGGGGUGCUAGGAAGAGGUGAUUCUUCACCAUCUUUUUGAGAAAUACUUAAAUAACAAUAAAGAUUGCAAUUAUUAUUUGUACCCAGGGGUCUUGUACUGGCUUGCUAGCUAAGCCGUAAGGCGAAACGAUUAGGCUUGGUGUUUUUUGGAGACUGGUGAGGCCCUGCAAGUUGCAAAGUGGCUUGAGAGGCUCUAUCUAUGCUUGGCGCAAGGGGAUUUUGUGUGGCCACCGAACAUUGUGGCAGGAUGUUGACCUCUCGGUGACAGUAACCAGAAAAUAGGAAGGGUAGUGACAGGUGAGGCCCUCUCUAUGAUACAAUGCGAGGCGGCUAGCUCACGAGUUGCCCAUGGGGUGUAUGCCUCCGAGUGUGAGGCGGGGUGUUGGCCUUGCGGGACCACUAACCGAAGCGUAAUGCAGAGAAAAAAGGGGGUAAUACCUAUUGAGCCCUAGAACCCUAAUUGCCAGUACACUAUUACUAUUCCAGGGAAGGUAAGAGAUGGAUACCUACGUGAGCAGGUGUAUGUACCUGGUAGUAUGGUAUUGAACCUGACAAUCCAUAUAGGUUUUUUAGUAGUAACUGUAACCUGAAUGGAUAAAACCGUAUGGCAUAAGGAAAUAUGGCAUAGACCAAGCUUAUCUUAAUACGUACAGUAUAUGUGAAAAGUAAAGUGCCGUGAUUUGUAAAUAUUAUACAUCGUAGCCAUACUGGUUAAAUAUGUAUCAAUCUUAACCCAUUAAGUGCCGUAUGUACAAGUGAAAAAGUGGUCUGUCACCACCUUGUAUGUUGUAUGUCCCCUUGCUAGGGGAAAGUCUGUUGUGUGAGCAGCGCGCUGUGAAAAAUGUAUGUGAACUAUAUUACCAGAUACGUAAAUACAGAUGCGUCUGCUACUGUGCAAUAAUAUGUGUAUUUAUACCAGAUGUUGAUAUACUACUUGCAAUGUGAAUUGUUGCAUGUCUUAUUGAAUGGUAGGGGUCAGUGAUCAUAGUGGUGCAAAAUGCAAGUGCACUGGAGAUCUGCCGAGUGCCCUAUAGGUGGCAGUGUAGUUGGAUACUGAUUGGUAUGUGAAAUGUUGUUUGUCUGUUGACCUAUAGGGGUCAGUGUUUUGGAGUUUGUAAAACCCCAUGAAAAUUGUCAAUGUACUUGACAGACCUGUAGGUGGCAGUUUUGAUAGAACCACUGUUGGUCUUGAUGUGAAAUGUAAAUUAUUGUGAAUUAAACCUGAUGUUGAGCCCGUGCUGGAGUUUAAUUUAUGGUUUAUGGUUAUGUUUAAAACAAUCUUAUGUGUAAUUUAUAUUGGCUGGUAAAUUGUAUAUGACGUGAAAAAAAGUUUUGUUGUUGACCAGUAGGGGUCAGAAAUGCUGAUUGUAUGGUAAAAAUACCCUUUAAUCCAAAUGCAAGGUUAACGUGAGACUUUGAGAGGGACCUGUAGGGGUCAGUGUGGUUUAUGUGAAACAUUGUUCAUGAGCUAUGCCCCAGCAUUAUAGUUGUAUGACAGGGAAACGAACAGUGCCCGUUUGACAAUAUACAAUAUGUGAACAUAAUAGCUUAAUAACAGUCAUUGUAACAAACCAGUGUUCUGUUCCUGGGCUGUAAACUCACAAAACGUGUGUGUAGUACAACAGUAAAUGCAUGAACUAGUUUCCGUUUGGUAGAAAAUUGCAUGAACCGUGAGCGUGGUAUGUCAGGGAAACAAAACGAAACGAGCAGUGAGAUUCGAAAUGCACGCACAUAAUUGCCUAGUAUGUUUAGGCAAUUGAAACAGAAUGUGUUCCCGUUCGGGAGUAUGCUAAUGCUCAAAAUGAGCCAGUGACAGAUAUAAACAAGUGAAUUUAAACGAAUGAUAUGCAUGAACAUGCAAUGGUUUUAGAACAGACUUAGACAAAAUGCAGCCGUAAAGUGAGGAUCUGACCUCACUUUACGGCCAUGGGACUGAUGCCUGGCGUAACGGGUAGGUCGACUUACGGUUUGUGAGUCACUUGGACACCAUCCAGGGUGAUGGAUUGAAGAAAGAAGGUGGUAGGCCAGAAAAGCCUGUGGCUAGAUUCCUGACACAGCUCAGCUUAGAAAACCUCAUGGAGUAAUCAGGUAAAAUGGCGUCUGGAUGACCCGGAAGUGGAAAUCAUUCUGAUGCUGACCUCAAGCGAUAUGGAGUCAGGUAAGGGGUGUCCCUUAUAUAGGGGAGUGAAUUAAUUUAAGCCCCUCCCACAAAUACAGGCAAAACAGCCUUAAUACAUAUUUGUUAUAUAUAUGAUCUAAGUAUAUAUAUAUAUAUAUAUAUAUGUAUACACUUACACAUACAUACUCAUACAGUGUCUAUGUGUAUUUUAAUAUUAAUAUAUAUAUAAUUAUUUAUAUAUAUAUAUUAAUAUCAAAAUACACGCAGAAUGAUAUUGAAUGAUAUAUAUAAAUAUAUAUGUAGUUAUAUAGAAUAUAAAUAAAUAAGUUAAUUUCGUUCUAACUUUAUUUUGAUAUUAAUAUAUAUAUAUAUAUAUAUAUAUCAAAAUACAAGUAGAACAAAAUAAUAUAUAUCGAUUAACAUAAGUAUAUAUGUAUAUAUCACUAUAUAUAUACCUAUAUAUAUAAAUAAAAAUAAUUUAAAAAAAAUUAUAGCCCAGGAAUAAAAAUUGGUAGCCCAGGAAUAAAAAUUACCUCCAUGAUGGCAUACCAUUUGCAAAAGUAGACAACCCAAGGUAUUGCAAAUGGGGUAUGUCCAGACUUUUUUAGAGCCACUUAGUCACAAAUACUUUAAAGCAAAUCAGCCAACUCUGCUCCCUUCCUUAAUUUUAGUUUGAAUGUUUUAUGAUAAUUCUGCAAGAACUAAUAUACAAUAAUAAUAAAAGAACACAGUUUCAUAUAAUAAUAAUAAUAUAAUAUAAUAAUAAAAUAAUACAAUGCGUAAUCCUCCCUAUACCAGCAGCCCGGGGUAGGGUGAGGGGCACAGCCCCCUUUGCCAAACCUCCCCCGGCGUAUCUCAGUAGAUAUCAGUAUACAGUAAUAUUUUGCUUUCAUACCCCACUUGGUAUACAAACGAUGCAAAUAUUAUAACUAAUGCUUGUGCUGAAUUAUAAAGCUAAAGUUCCAACCAUGUCAACUCUAUGCAUUUGUGCUGGAACUCUAAGGAUGUACCUGGGAAAAUUCACUAUUCAGGGGGCAUUAUGAUCCAAAUUAGAUAUGUUAAAUCAAGGCCUCAUGGAUGUCAUAGAAAAAAAAAGCUGAACUCUGUUUGAACUUGUUAGUACAUUGAAGGUUGAAGCUUUCACAUCCUUUACAUCGAACUUGGUGAGAUCAAAGCAGCCGAUGUGUCCAGCCUGAUCUAGUGUAGUUAAAUCCAUGUAAAGUUUUAGAAAAUACAAGUAGAUAUUGGCAUCAGAUAACUUUGUAGAUAAAAGUUGAAUUAUUGAAUCAAUAGAACCCAGAAGCAGGGACGUUUUAGCCGUGAGGUCUUGGGCGGCAUUUUCCAGGGGGGGCAAAAAAAGCCACCCCCAUAUGCUCAGGGCAAAUGUCUUGUUAGCCUUGCGGCUAACUGACAUGUCAGUCGGGCUGAUGGGCUGGCUGCAGCGCGGUCGGGGGGCGCUAGCGGGCGGCGCUGGCGAGGGAGCACUUUCCUCUGAGCUGUCUGCUCAGCUCUCUCGUGCACCGCAGAGUGAGGCUGGGAGCUGGAAAAUGAUGUCAUAUUUCGGUUCCCGGCAUCACUCUGCAGCGCGCGAGGGAGCUGAGCAGAGUGCUCUGGGGAAUUGCUCCCUCGCCAGCCGCCCGCCAGCGCCGCCCGCCCAGCGCCACCCGCCCAGCAGCCACUGGACCCCCAGGGGAAAAGAGAACCCCCCCAGCAUUCCCAAAGGUAAGGAGGCUGGGGGGGGGGGGUUAAAUAAAAACAAAUGUGUUAAUGUGAGUGAGUGAGUGUGUGUGUCUGUUAGUGUGUGUCUGUUAGUGUAUGUGUGUCUGUUAGUGUGUGUGUGUCUGUUAGUGAGUGAGUGUGUCUGACUGUGUGUGUCUGUUAGUGUGUGUGUCUGACUGUGUGUGUGUGUGUGUGUGUCUGUUAGUGUGAGUGUGUUUGCCUGUGAGUGUGUCUGCUAGUGAGUGAGUGUGUGUCUGUGUGUGUCUGUUAGUGAGUGUGUGUGUGUGUGUGUGUGUGUGUUAGUGAGUGUGAGGGUGUUUCUGUUAGCUAGUGUAUGCGUAUCUGUCAGUGAAUGUGUGUGUGUGUAUUUAGAAGGCGGGGCAGGGGGAAGGGUUGGGUGUGGGUGUGGGGCGCCUGAGUUUUGUCCUUCAUAGUGCAGCACAAAACCAGGAUACAUCACUGAGCAGAAGACAUCAGAUAUGAUGUUCCAGGCUGUGCUUUAGCAAACACUAUGAAACAGAAACAUGGGAUCACUUAAAAUAAACAGAAUGCAUUAAUAUAUAGCAUAGCUAUUUCACAUAAUGAUCAUUAAUUGCAACAAACAAACAGCUGCCCUGGAUUUUAAAUAUGAAGUUUUAUUUAAGGCGCGAACACAUUAAUUCGGAAGAAAUCUUUAAAAUUGUAAUAGCAAUUAUUUCAGAUCGCUGUUAAUAACACAGGAUUAAAAUCUACAAUGAUAAUAAUAAUAAUAAUAAUAAUAAUAAUAAUAAUAAUGAUAAUUACUAUUACAGAACAAUCCUGACCAUGACUUUAAAAUUAUCUACAAAUGUUAAACAUAUAUAUUUUUUUUUAUAUUGCUUUAUGUCAGCUACAUUUUGACAAAUGUAAAUUCUACUGCAUCUGUGAAAUCUUGGCAAUGGCAGCUGGAGCAGCAUUUAAUUCUCUUUGUGUUAAAUUGUUCUCAUUUGAAUUUCAGCUCACCUUUAAUGUCACUGGAAAAGCAGAUGACAAAGGGAUCUGCAGUUGUUCUGUUCAGAUACCUGAUAACACGUUCCCGGUUGCAAGAAUGGAAGUGCUGGAAAAUACUGCAAGUGCACUUUCACUGAAAGUGGAGAGAGAAAUUUCAAAGGUAAGUGAAUUAUAAAUAGAAUUUCCUAUUCAAAAAGAGAGAGAAAUCACACAUGUAUGCAUAAUUGUUGACAAACUUGAUUCAUAUGUAAAAAGAAAUGUGAUGCUGACUAGGACUGAGCGAAAAAAUGUGCUUACAAAAACUCAAGCAAAUGAUACACAUUCUUUCACAUUUUCUUUAAACUACAACUACUUUUUUGCCUAUGGAUGAGGCCUGCUGUGGUGGUUAUGAUGCCAGGAGUGGCUUUGCGCCCUCCCAGGGUAAGUAUUUAAAGCAUUUAAGAAUGGUUUGAAAACUUACCUGAGGUCCAUAAGCAAUUUGCAGACUACUACUCUGGAAUCAGGGGUCCCUAAUGCCAGCUGCACUAAGUUUGCCAUGCGCGGAUGGCUCAUUGGUUGAGAGCGUCAACCAAGCUCCUCCUUGCACUGCCAGGCUGCAGAAGAGGCAGAGGCCAGCAGUGGGACCUGGUUGAUCCCAGGUAAGUAGUUAAAUUAUUAUUAUUUUAUUAUUUAUAUAGCGCCAGCAAAUUCUGUAGCGCUGUACAAUGGGUGGACUAACAGACACGUAAUUGUAACCAGACAAAUGGACGCACAGCAAAAGAGGGGUUGAGUGACACAAAGGAGAAGAGGGAGUGGGGUAUAAUGACACAAAGUAUAUAAGUAGGGGUAAUGAAAUAGGUUGCUAGAAAAGUAUUGACUGAGAACCUAGGUUAUUUUUGACAGUUGCAGGAGAGGAGCCAAAUAAGGGGUGGGGGUGGGGAGGGGUGGGGGGAUGAAAACCCACUAACAGUUUAAGUGAUAUGCUUUCCUAAAUAAGUGUGUUUUCAAAGACUUUUUGAAGGAGUGGAGACUGGGUGAAAGUCUAACAGAGAAGGGAAGCAAGUUACACAGAAAAGGUGCAGCCCUGGAGAAGUCUUGGAGGUGAGCAUCAGAUGUGGGAAUACGGACAGUGGAUAGACAUAGGUCUCCGGCAGAGCGCAGGGGCCUCGACAGAACAUACUUGUGUAUUAGGGAGGAUAGGUAAAUCUGUGCCCUAUGUUGAAAGGCUGGCACCAUAACUGCUUCAGUGAGCUGUAGCGGUUAUGGUGAUUUGAGUAUUCUUAAAAAAAUUUAAAACAGCUGAACACUACAUAACAAUGGAGCCAUGAUAAUGACUUCCACUCAUACCCACUAAUGUGAACUGCAUUAUGGUGACAUUGUAAAGUCAUUUUCAUGAAAGGAACAGUAUAGCUUUAGGAAUACAAACUUGUCCCGUCCCCACAUUUUUUUCCUCGUCUUGGUUAGGUCUCCUUCUCACGAUUAUGGUUACACUAAAUGCGCAUACGCAUACAAACUUUGCCAUAGGAAAAAACACACAAAUGGGUCAGCGCAUAGUAACAAAAAUAAAUAGACAACAAGGCUGAAACCCUAAGAAGGGGAUCCCUCUCAACCCUUCAAAAUAACACAAGGAAAAAGACAGAGAAGUACUGUGAGUCUUGUUCCAGCAGUGCAAAUGGUCACAUAUAGAAGUGUCUCUUUUUCAAGAAGUAGAUGCAACUGUGAUUUCUAAGUUCUUUAUGCUUGGGGAUGUGGAAGGUCUGAGUGUCUUUAAUCUCAGUAUGUGGGUAGAUGAAAAAGACAAAAUAACCUAAUAGUGCAAUAUGUCAAGACUAAAUAGGCCAUGCAUAGGUAAUAGUGAUAUUGCGCUCAUAUGACCAUCUCCAGUGUGUAUUGCAUAUAGUGGUAUAAUCCCCAUUUAUGGGAUAUGGUGAAGGUCGUUCACAGCAGAUGGUUGUCCAAGUACUCAGAGAGGGAAUAAAAAUAGCCAGAAAUAGUGCUCUCAAUAAGACAAUAAGAACUGUAUAAAAUUAAACAAAAUUGUACUCACAAGUGUAGAGCAGGCUCCCUGCUCUAUGAUGAUAGCGUUGAUGGUAUGCAGUGGUUCUGGGAUUUUCUUAUGAGUCGGGAUCAUAAAGUAGAAUAAAAAAAAAAAUAUAUAAAAAUUUAAAAAUAAAAUAGUAUAUUUAAAAAUGCCAGGAAAAAAUGUUGAAAUAAAAAGGUGAUGGUACAAUAAAUUAUUGUAAAACCAAAAUCCUUUAUUGAAUUAGAUAAAAAAGUAAUGUCCAUAGCGCGUUUCGUCAUAAAAGACUUUCUCAAAUGGAUUAGAAAGUCUGUUAUGAUGAAACGCAUUAUGGACAUUCCUCUAGAAUGUAAGCUCAUUAAGCAGGGCCCUCCACCUCUCUGUUCCUGUACGUCCAGUUGUCUGGUUACAAUUAUAUGUCUGUUAGUACACCUAUUGUACAGUGCUACGGAAUCUGAUGGAGCUAUAUAAAUAAUAAAAUAAUAAUAAUAAUAAUAAUAAUAUGUAACCAUUUGUACUGCUGGAAAAUGACUCACAGUACUUUUGUUUAAUUUUAUGUGGCGCAUUCUUCUCUGUCUUUUUUUUUGCCACAGGAAAGCAUUGAAUCAAUGGGGAUCAUAGAAGAUGUUAGACGUCCUCAUGCAGGGCCGGUGCAAGGAUUUUUGCCGCCCUAGGCAAAAGUAAAGUUUGCCACCCCCCUCAUGUGACAUCACAAUGUCCCACCCAUAUGAUCUCCUAUGUUAACUAACGCCAGUGCUGCAGUGCCGCCGUGUUUACAUUAAAAGGCCUGCAGGGACAGGCUAUAGACACCAGAACCACUACAUUGAGCUGCAGUGGUUCUGGGGACUAUAGUGUUUCUUUAAUGUGAGGUAAAUUAGAGAUUAGUGCCACGAAUAAUAUACUAGAUUGCCUACUUACAACCAGAUGAGUAUGAUGAUGGGCUCUAGCUGCAGUCUGGCUCCACUGGUCUGGUGUAGAACAGGCUCUCUGGAGGCUGUUUGUAACUGUGGUCACAAAAUCAAUGUUCUGGGAGAACGGGAAGCAGCUCCAUUUUUUGGGGGGCCCUUUACACAGCUCAAGGUCUGGGUCCCAGGGUCCACCUUCAUGUUCCACCAAUGAGUUUGUUCACAGGGGGUGUAGUGUGUAGGGGAUGUCCUGAUAUGUGUGUAAGGAAUGCAUUGUGUGAAUCUGUGUUUGUAUGUGUAAGGGCUGCAAGGUGUGUUUCUGUGUAUGUACGGGAUCCAGUGUGUGCGUCUGUAAGGGGUGCAUUGAGUGUGUGUAAGGGGUGCAUUGAGUGUGUGUGAGGAAUGCAUUGUGUGUUUCUGUGUGUGUAAGGGAUGCAUUGUGUGUAAAGGUUGCAUUGCUUGUGUGUGUGUGUCUCUGUGUGUGAUGCAUUGUGUGUAAUGCAUUGUGUGUUUUUCUGUGUGCAAGGGGUGCAUUGUCUUUGUGUGUAAGGGGUGCAUUGUGUGUGAUUGUGUGUGUGUGUGUGUGAUGGAUGUCAAUCUCUCCCCCCCUCCCUUGUCACUCUCUUCUCCCCCUUGUCCCUGUCUUCUCCCCCUUCCCUUGUCACUCUCUUCUCCCCCCGUUGUCACUCUCUUCUCCCCUCCCUGUCAAUUUCUUUCUCCCCACUCCCUGUCAAUUUCUUUCCCCCCUUUCUGUCAAUUUCCUUCUCCCCCUCCCUGUCAAUUUCUUUCUCCCCACCCUCCCUGUCAAUUUCUUUCUCUCCCCUCCUGUCAAAUUAUUUCUCCCACCCUCCUGUCAGUUUAUUUCUCCCCCUGUCAAUUUAUUUCUCUCCCCUCCCUGUCAAUUUCUUUCUCCCCCCCUGUCAAUUUAUUUCUCCCCCCAUCAAUUUCUCCCCGUCACAUUUUCUCCCCCUCCCUGUCAAUUUCUUUCUCCCCCCUCCCAGUCAAUUUUUGUCAAUUUCUUUUCUCCCAUCAAUGUCAAUUUCUUUCUCCCCCAAUUUCUUUCUCCCCUGUCAAUUUCUUUCUCCCCCUCCCUGUCAAUUUUUUUCUCCCCCUCCCUGUCAAUUUCUUUCUCCCCCCCUCCCUGUCAAUUUCUUUCUCCAACCUCCCCUACCUCUGUUGUAGCAUGGCCGAUCUCUGUAUGGUCUGCGUUACAGGGAGCUUUUGUUUCCGGUACCUGGCCUGACUAAAAGGAAGUUCACACUCAUUGUUAGUCCGGCCGGGUACAGGAGACAGAUGCUCCCUGAACCCGCGGACCAUACAGGGCUUGGCCACGCUACAGUAAGGGAGUGACAGGAGGGAGCGCUGAGUGAUUCCCUCCUGUCAGCUCCUCUCCUCAGCUGCGCCCAGGCGGUGCGCCCUCAUGGACGCACCAGCCCGGGCAAAGCUGCAGCCGUCUGAGGCUCUCUACAGAGCGCUCGGGUGGCUACAGCAUGAGGGGGGCCGGCGCCCCUUCUCAAGGGGCGCCCUAGGCGGCUGCCUAGUCCACCUAAUAGGUAGCGCCGACCCUGUCCUAAUGCAAAGCGUGAGAGCAUCCAACGUCAAGUAGUGGAGUAAAACUCCAUAGGGACCUGGAAAUGCCUUUGCAAGGCAACCACUAGAGGUGAAUGUAACCCUGUAAUAUAAUCAUUGCAGUUUCUCAGAAAAUGCAUUGCAUUAUUAAACAGACAGGGGCACUGCACCCAGACCACUUCAAUGAGAUGAAGUGGUCUGGGUGCCUGUAACAUCCUUUUCAAGCAAUGCUACACAGGACAAUUUUCAAAAUGACAGUCAUUUUUUCAGUGCUCUGUAUUAAAAUUGCAAAAAACAAUCACAAAGUCUUGUUUACAGAUAUAGAAUAUGUGAUGAAGCAAACUGAUGCUAAUGAGGGCACCGAACACUAGAAACUAUAAUAUAAAAUAUGAUUUGGAUUAUGUGAUAUGUGACACAGAACAAAUAUCAAUCAAUAAACUCAAAAAAGCAACAACGAAAAUAAAAUGCAUUCUGUGGGUUUAUGUGUAAAGCUGUACAAUCAGCCAUUAUAUAAUAUGAAUUUCUGCUAUUAACUCUAAUAGUUAUUAUCAAGCUAGGCAAACAAUGUGUCCCUAGGAGGUAUUGUGUUGAUGGUCCUACACAGUCCUCCAAGUUUAUAACCAGAAACACUGAAAAUAUUUUGUAUUCAUUUAACCUCAGAGAAUUUAGAUCAUGAAUAUUAUUGUGGUGUCGUAAAGCUGUUUAUUUAAGCAAAUCUUUAUUGUUCAAUAAUCAGAUAAAGUAAGCCAUUAUCUUCAUCCUGUUUUAGCAGAACCAACUGGAAAUAUUCCUGAUGUAAUGUUCCCCUGGCUUCCCUUAGAUCAAGUUGCAAACAGGCCAGUCAGGGGUGAUUGCAUCUGUGAAAUGCAGGUCUGUCAUGUGUCAAUGACAUCAGUCUGUCACAGAAUGCAGGCUCCUUCAUUCUAAGCAUCAAUGACCCCAUACAUUUCACAGACGCCUAACUCAACACAUUGGAAUUAUUCUGUUAACUGUUUCAGAAUCCCAUUAUCUUUGUCAAUAUAAUGGAAUCUAAAUAUUGCCUGUCAGUGUCGAGUUUUCCACAUCUGUAAACAUAAACGGUUUCUUUGCUAAACAGUGAACUACAAAUUCUUAAUUUAGGGCCAAAUAGACAUUUACUUUUUUCCAUUUGCAAAUUUGGUUUUAAUUAUUGCAACCAUUCAAUGUUAUUAUCUAAAUCACUAAUCGUCAUGGAUUGACAAAGGAAUUCCAAAUUGAAAGCUAAAAAUUGAUAGCUAAAAAUUGACAUUUCCUGGUGAAUUCCUUAUUAUUGAAUAUUUAUGUUGGUCUUCAAUGCAGCUCAGUUCAGUAUUAAGAGAAUAUGCCACUCUGAUUUACAUCCUUUAGGGCAUUAUUUACUAAACACUACCAAAAUCCAAAUUAAUUAAAAAAUGUUUUUUCUAGAAUAAUCAAGCUGUGAUUAUAGCAAAGUUAAUAAAACACAUAACUGUAAAUAUUAUUACUGGAGGUCUGGCAUAAACUCCAAACCAACAAACCAAGAAUAGUGAGCUUACAAAAGAGUGGUAAUGGAAUGGAAAAGAGGGACAGAGGGAUUUGGGCAAACCAGGAACUGUCACUCCUAAAUAUGGACACUUGGGAGGUAUGGUGAAUACAGAUUGUGAUAAACCAUCUGGCAGCCCGACUGGGUACCUCCGUCAAUCGCUGCUUCCUAGUACUUGUGAACACCAUAAGCACUGUACUGGAACACCGUAACCACCGUAGACCCCAUGAACCGCCGCAGCUGGGUAAACAAAUCUCUCUUUUAAUGGGAGCCACACUGGCCUUUUAUGCAAGUCCCCAAGCAAGGUGUACGCCCACAUGGACCUUGUUGGGGACAGGGACACAAACUUACAAACUAAUAAUAACCGAGUUACAAUGCAUGACACUCCCACAUACAAUACAAUAAGCCUUCCCUUUUACUUAGGAGAUAAUUGAGUCAAGCACUAUACUAAACUGAAUAUAUCCUAAAAUCACCCAGAUCAGUUCAGUGAUUCAGAAAUUUUAUGGAAGUCAUAGUUUUUACCGACCGCAGGUAUGGUCCCAUAGCCAAAAAUAGUUCCAUAGAAUGGUGGCUAAGUGCCGCUGGGGAACCGACCGAGAACCGCAAAGUUUUCAUGCCUAAAAUAGUUCCAGGGCAUUCGCGGCUAAGUCUCCCUGAAGUCUAUUCGCGGUUUUGGUCCAUUCGAACAAGAUGGCCGUCACCACGUGUUUGAAUGCCAUUCCAAAUGGCUUCGGGAGUUCGAAGUGCUGCUUCAAAAGUUUGAAUUGUUCCUGUUAGAAGUCCAAGAGGCACAACCAGAGUCUUUAACCCAAAAUUCAUUACAGGGGCCAUAGUCACAGGGCAGGAGGCUGGCAAACAGGCCCCUCCAAAAGCCAGUGGUGAAGUUACUUUUGUCACACAGAUGUCUGUAAGUAUAUGUGCAAAACAGAGACAUACAUGCCUUUAAUUAAUGGGAGUCAGAUUUGUGGACUGCAGCAGCAGCAGCAACCAUUCAUUCAUGCUGAAAAUAUGCCAGGCAAGAAGAAUUUAGGCCAUUAAAGCCAAAUUAUUAUAUUUUCCAUAUUAGCUAUAUUUCGAGUUAGGAUCUUUUUGCCUAAGAUUCACACCUUAGUGAAGAACUGUAUGUGUACAGUGAGGGGAAAAAGUAUGUGAUCCCCUGCUGAUUUUGAAUGUUUGUCCACUGACAAAGAAAUGAUCAGUCUAUAAUUUUAAUGGUAGGUGUAUGUGAGAGAAGGAAUAACAAAAUAAAAAUCCAGAAAAAGUUAUAAAAUAAAAUGAGGGUUCACACUCUAUUCUUACCCUAAUCCUUGGGGUAAGGGUUAAAAUAAAGUGUGAGAAAUAACCAUUUAUAGAUAUUCCCCUAAUGUGAAAUAUCACUAAAUAUGAACAAGUCCCUAAUCCUAACCCUAAUUUGAACCCUAACAUUAACCCUAAAUGUCCCGUGUGCCUAAGCUUAGUGAAUGCACUAGCUAUAAUGAAAGUGUCCAGGACCUUGCUGUCGAAGAGUAGCAGGAGUGCUAGCACGCAUGUGCAGCACAGGAUCCAGCUGAUUUCCCUCACCUGAAGUGACGAGGGUAGGGGAUUUUCACGGGUAGGGAAAUUUGAUAGAACACCUGCCUCUAAGCUAAUACAAACAAGAGCUAAUGAAACAGGAUCUGUUGUUUGGUUGAUAGCUAGGGGUGUAACCAGUAAAAUGUAUAAAAGUGCUUUUGAAAAAAGGGUAAAAAGGACAUACUCUCUACACACAAAGCACUUCAGAAAACCAAAGUACUUUAUGUGAGGAGUGGCCCUUUAAUAAGAAGGGGGUUACAUGUGAAUAGGCAUGAAAAAGAUGACAUGCUAACAAUAUUAUACAUGCCUAUAAUACAACCAGGAAGAAGAGUAAAAACCAUAUUAAGAGUAUUAAAGGACAACAAUUCAUUUUGUAUUCCAAAUAGAGGAAUUGAUUGUUAGAUUAGUUUUUGAUAACGAGAAGAGAAAUAACAGACGAUCAAUGGCUAACCUUGAAGUACAGAGUUUAAAAGGUCAGAGGAAAAUGUAUAAUAGGUUAUAAUCAGGGUAGAGGUUAUCUAAAUGGUAAACUGAUGAGAACAAAGCCUUAACAGAAAACUAAGCGGUAACAAGUGCUUCAUUGUCAUUUGAAUUUGUCAAUUAUUAUUUUUUUGUCUUAAAAUGCGUUUGCUUGACAUAUGUUUUGCACUGCUCUCUUGUUCUCUGUUUUUACAAAUCUUUUUUCUUUUAUUAAUAAUUUAACAACUGAUAAAAUAUUUUAAUCAGACUGGAAAUUCGUCAUGUAUUGGCAGGAGGAGCUUCUGCAAAAGUCUUUUAGUGCAGAACAAGCAGAGCUGUUCAAAGGAUCAAAAAUAGUAAAUUUAUCUAAUACAUACUAGUUCGAAAUAACACCACAGUGUUUAGAAAGAUUACUACUAGCGUGGCCACAAAGAUGUACACUAAUGAAUAUUUAAACAGAAGAAGACAGCAGAAAAUAAUUGAAACUAAUAGUAGUAGACAGAACGAGCAGAACCCAAGCAGUUAGAUAGAAGAACGGAAAAGUCAUUUUUGUUAAAUAGUGUCCAUUGAACUUUGAGAGGCAACUGUCCAAGGAUGCUAUUACCCCUGUCAGGCUGCCAAACUCUGUGUCAGGUUGGUUUAUCUGCAAUUUACAGUAAGCAUUGCUCAUUUAAGCAUAGGUAGCCCAAGGCUAAUUUACUUGCCUUAUUCUGAGUUUUCAGAAAAUGUCCUCAGCAACAUUUCAUGCAUGAAUCAGUGUCCUUUUCUGAUUUAUUCAGUUUCCCCUCUAUUUCCUUAUUAUCCUGACCCACUUAACUUGUACCCUAAUCAGGAAGAAUUUUAUAUAAGUUUCUUUAACCAAGAUGUGCUUGGUUCUUGUAUUAACAACUUGAAAAUGCUUUAAAUGAAAUGUGAAUUCUAUAAACCUAUUUUUGUGUCUUUAAUAAACCACGUGUGCUUACCUGUUCAACCUAUGCUUUUAUUAAUUGUAGUACAACUACAAUUGGUAUUUUAUUGGACUGAACCAAUUUACUAGAAUUGAUAGCUAGUUAAGCAACAAGAGGCUGUACACUUAAUAUGUAUACUCACCAAAAUUACUAUUAAGAUCCUAAGGGCCCGAGGCUGGGAGUUGAUGUAGAAACUGUAAUUUUGUAUCCAAGUUUGUACAACCGAGCUUUGUAAUGCUAUUGGCUUCAAAGAUUUUCACAACCGAACAAAUCAUUUCUGGCAUAUAUGAAUCUUAUAUUUACAUCAUCCAACAUGCAGCCCGUAGUAUGAUGGUAGUACUCAGCAAGUCCACCAUUUGCUUGUGAUUUUAUUUUAUAUUCCCAGAAUUUCUUGAGUUAAGUCCCAUUUUGAUUAAAUGGGACUAAGGAUAGCAGUUGAGCUUAUUGACAACUCAAGACUGGCUCAACUUUAUACAAACACAAUGCGUUUCCAAGAUGUGUGUGACGAGACCAAUCUCGCCACAUUGCAUUGGAGGAGCCUGGUUGCCCACCUGCUGCCUUUGGAUUAUGGACCGGCAGCUAAAGGGUUAAUUUUACUGUGCAGAAGGAUUUAUUUCUCCCUUUCUGCACAGCCGUUCGGUAGAUUCUAUUUACCGAACAAACAGUUUCUUUUCAGCCUCCCCAGAGCCGUGGGAAGCCGGCCGGCGACGUUAAUUGGCCACCCAGAAGCUGGCGUGUGCCCUCCAUUUACCUCCUAAACCGCGGCUUAACGAGCGUGUGCCGGCAACUGACCACCCAGUAGCUGCGGUUAACCGCAGCUUAAUUGAUUGUUACUGGGUGGUCGCGGUUACACUUAGCCACCACACGAUGGCGGUGUUCUGGAGCUCCCCGGGCAGCCAGCGCUUUUCUGCCCGGCUUUCCUGCAUCAAACCCGGACACUUUUACGUGCAGGCACCGCUGAACCUCCACCCCCUGGUUCUAAUUCGUACGGAUUUAACGAAUGCAUGUAAAUUCGGUAUUUUGUGUUGGGGGAAUGUUUUAACCCAGAUAGCUAUGCCAUGGAGCCUGUUCGUGGAAUUAAAGACUUUGGCUCCAUGGCAAUUAAACUGUAUUCGUGUGGUCUGAGUGCCAUUCACCUAAUCAUGUGCACUCAGACCUGAGCUAUCUGGGGAUAUGUUACAUGUAUAUAUUUACUGUACCAUUUGUCCCAUUAUGUAUUUUAAAGUGAUAGUCUGUCUUUGUGUCCCCACGUGUGUAAUGGAGUUUUGCCUUUGUCCUGGGAGAUAAUUGAAUUACUUCUCCAGGGCAGAGGGGAGGAAGCCAGGAUGCAUUGUGGGGAUGUUUUACUUCUGUAUGUCUGUAAUUGGUACAUGUCUGUCUUUUGUUACAGUCUUCCAUCUGGUCCCCUAGGGGAGUGUCCACCAGGUGGGAGACCUGCAUAAAUACUGGGCAGGUAGCCCUCAUUAAACAGACCACUGCUUGACCCACAACACGGAGCCUUGUCUCGUCUUUGUUAAUGCUAUCAAUGGAGAGAUUUCAGUUGUGCUCCUACUUAAUAUCCAUUAUAUCGCUUAGUAUGUAUUGAAUUUGGGUGUAGAUUUUACGGUUAGCAUUGAACAAUUUGCUAUUUAAUUGACAGAUAAAUACAUUCAAAUAGUAGUAUCUCAAUUACACCUCUCAGUCUGACGUAUCUAUUUCAGAUUUCUGAAUACACAAGAUCUAUACAAUUCUAUGAACAAAGAAUUCGAAACCUCUCCAUUAAGGUUGAAACAAUGGAGAAAACCAGUAUUUCAUACACGCAACUGGACUUUGAGUUUCUAAAACUGGAAAUCGCCGAAAUGGAAAAAUUGGUUUCUCAGCUAAAAACAUCUGUAACUGGAAAUGUCAUUGUUGAACAACUAUACACAGAGGUAAGGUUAUACAAUAUGAAAUACAUUAUAACUUCAAUAACAGGAAGUAGUCUUGCUCCAAAAUCUGCAACAUCAAAGUCUACACAUUAGGGGUAAUAAUAGAUGUGCCCAAUUUUAUUAACUGAAAUAUUAACGCUACAUUAGACAACAAUCUUUAAAGGACCACUAUAGGCACUUAGAACCCUUCAGCUUAAUGAAGUGGUCUGGGUGCCAGGUCCAUCUAGGGUUAACCCUGCCUGUGUAAACAUAGCAGUUUACAUAUGGGUUAAUCCAGCCUCUAGUGGCUGUCUCAUUAACAGUCGCUAGAGGCGCUUCCGCGAUUCUCACUAUGAUUUUCAGUGAGAAGACGCCAGCGUCCAUAGGAAAGCAUUGAGAAUGCUUUCCUAUGGACUGACUGAAUGCGUACGCGGUUCUUGCCGCACAUGUGCAUUCUGCCGAUGAUGACCGAAGGAGGAGGAGAGUAGCCAGCACCGAGGGAGCCUGGUAAGUGAUUUAACCCCUUCAGCCUGGCGGGAGGGGGACCAUGAAGUUGGGGGGGACCUAUUAAUAAUAUAGUGCCAGGAAAAUGAGUUUGUUUUUCUGGCACUAUAGUGGUCCUGUAACUUGUCAUUGACAUAAGGAUGUAUGGAAGUUUAAGUCCUUUUUCAGCCAUAUUACUUGUGAUUAUGUGAUUAUGUGUUUAAUUAUUAACAUACUGUACUUAAAGAGAAAAACUAAUCAUCAAGACUUGGCCAAUGUCCAGGCUAAUGUUUACUUAUUUAUUUUUAUUAUUAUUUAGUUCACAUUAAACAUUAGAAAUUACUAUUUCGUAUUUUCACACUUCUCUUGUCCUCUCACUCAUAACAUGAUGUUAUCACAAAUAUCUGCACUAUCCUGCAAGACUUUAUGAUAAUCUAUCAAUAAGAUAGGUCAUAUAGCCAUUAUAUGAAUGUUUGUGCUAGAGCGUUAUGAAACAAUGGGUUGUGUCAAUCAGAAGAUUACACAACCCAAACCACAAUUUAAAUAAAUUUGCACAAAACUCUUCAUUCAUAGUUCCCAGUUAGUAAGCUAAUUGUUUCUGAGUUUGCUUCACAUUGAACACCUAAGAAAAGAUUUCAGUACAAGAGAGCUCAGUGAGCAUUCAAAGUGUCUCUAUGAACUUUUCCCAGCUUCUGUUGCUUUGUGGAAAUAAAUUAACGCAUGGUGUCAUGAGUGAAGCUAACUGAAUCUGGUUCCGUGGCAAGUUGUUAAAUUACAACUCCUAUAAAACCCUUCUAUACAAAUGUUUAUUGGAAAAGCAUAUAGGAGUAGUGAUGUCCCGAACGGUUCGCCGAACAGUACGCCGCGGACGGCGAACAUAUGCGGUAAACUUUGGCCCUGUACCUCACAGUCAGCAGACACAUUCCAGCCAAUCAGCAGCAGACCCUCCCACCUCCUGGACAGUCUCCAUUUUACAUUCAUUAUGAAGCUGCAUUCUUAGUGAGCUGUCCAGGAGGUGGGAGGAUCUGGGAGGGAGGGUCUACUGCUGAUUGGCUAGAAUGUGUCUGCUGACUGUGAGGUACAGGGUCAAAGUUUACUGCAUAUGUUCGCCGUCCGCGGCGAACCGUUCGGGACAUCACUAUAUAGGAGCACUAGGAAUUGCUCAAACGUUUUGGAAUUUACUGCAGAAGCUGCAAAUCAUAGAGAUUUUGUGAGUACUUCUUUUUUAUUUAAACUUUAAUGAAUGAACUCCUUCCUAGCAUGUCCUUUUAUCCCAACUACACAUGAUCUAUUGUUCCUAAACACAAUCGUAAUAAUGUGAAAAGUGUGAUUUGAUAUUCCUAAACAUGAAAAUAAAGUUUCAAUACCUAAGAACAUCACAUGUUUUUCUCAUUAUUGUUUUGCACUUUAUUCUGUAUUGUAGAGCAGCCUCUUGCUCUGGAAGUGCUUAAGGGACAAAAUGCAAAAGAGAAUAUAUUUUUAAAUGUCUUAUAUUUUGUCAACUCUGAAAGAAAAAUAUGCUGGUGCACACACACUCAUACAUGCAGGCAUAGACUUUAUUUUCAUGUGGCAAAAUGUUUUUUCAUGUGUCUACGUGCCUAUACUUUUUGCUGUUGUAGACAUUUAACCCACUGUGAAUGUAUUUCAAAGGGGUUGCAGUUCACAUUUUCAGUUGUUACUUAUCCUGAAGCAGAUUUUUAUUUUACUGAAAUCCAGUAUUUAUAAGGAUAAAUUUGGAAAGUAAUUUCCUGCUGCAAAUGUUCCCAUUCUUUCUUUUGCAGAUUAAGAAUAUGACUCUGAUGGUACAUCAGCUAGAAAGUCUAGAUAAGAACAAUGUCCUUGCAAUCCGCCGAGAAAUUGUUGCUCUAAAGAAUCGUUUGAAGGAAUGUCAAGAGCACAGCGGCAAAGAAAAUUCAUACAUCCCAGCUGGUGAGCAGCUCUUUCUACACUUAUUACAAGAUACUAAUUUCAUCCACUUUAGUAGAUAAUGAAGAUGCAAAGGGGUAGAAAAAAAUAAAAUAAAUACAUUUAAAAAAAAUAAAAUAAAAAACAUGAAAAGAAACCUAUGUAAAAAAAUUUAAAAGUACUUUUGACAUUUGCAUUGAGUCCAGUAACUUAUUAACUACUUCUUCAUCGGUUCAUUUUAAUGUGAAGACCAUGAGUGCAAACUUCCUCUUUGCAAGUAUAUAUAUAUAUAUAUAUAUAUAUUUAUUUAUUUAAUUUACCAUUUAAUAGAAGUUUGCCAAUGAACACAUACAUGCACUUAAUUAUGCUUUCCUUUCAUUGGGAUACAUCUAUAAACGGCUUGCAAAAGCUGCAGAUCUUGUGUCUGCAGCCUUUGCAACCCUCUCUUCUCUAGAUGAGACUUUUUGUGGCUGUCCAGUUACAGACUUCCCAAUGCAACACAGUGAGAAAUCAUUGCAAGGCAGGUGUUCUGAGCAAUUGGUGAGCUAACAACCAGGAAGUAGCAGGGCCUGUUGUCUGAUUGAAAGCCAGGAGAUGUAACAAGGUUAAUUUAAAAGUGUAGAUUGGAUUAGCCGUAUUAGUCCAGUAGACAAGAUGGCAAAAUACUAGAGUAUUGCAGUAUGCAAUGAUACCUUUAAUAUUUCACAGACAAGAUUUUAAGAGUUGUCUUCUUUACUCAGGUCUGAAGCAAUACUGAUCAAUCUGAUAGAGAUUAACACUUAAAACAACUGAUGGUGGGGAAGGGGAGUGGGUGAGGGGAUAUUGACUCUCCUCUGUUUAUUUACUUUUUCUGGCUUUUCUCAACCAAUCUGUACCCUUCAGGCACACCUAAUGCUAUUUAUAACAGCUAAUUCAACCCCUUCACAAGCUUUAAUCAUGCUUGUACUGGCCAUACGGACUGGCAAAUGCCCAGUGAGGCGAAAGCCUUUAACCCCUUAAGGACACAUGACAUGUCUGACAUGUCCUGACUCCCUUUUAUUCCAGAAGUUUGGUCCUUAAGGGGUUAAGAGAGUGUGGCCCUGUUUAGGAAAGUGCUGGGCUAGAGUCCACAGGAUAAUUCCUCAUUUCAAUAAAAAAAAAAAAAAAAAUUAUAUUGCUUUAAAUUAUAGAAUCAAGGGACAUUAAAAGCAAGAAUAAACUUAAAUAUGAAUGCAAGCUAAAAUGUAUUUAUUUUUUCUUACCAGCAAGCAUAAUUACCCUUUAUUUUGUAUUUUUUUUUCUCCCAGUUAAAUUAUACAUUUUCAUAUCUCUUAUUUCUUUUUUUAACCGCGUUUUUAUAGGUACUUGCAGUCAUGGUGGUAUUGUGAAUAUCAGCAAACCUUCUGUGAUUCAACUGAACUGGAAAGGAUUUUCCUUUAAAUAUGGAGCCUGGGGUAAAGAUUAUUCCAUCCUUAAAAAAGAAAAUUCUGCGUACUGGGUCGCCCCUUUGAAUGCAGAUGCCAGAUACCUGGAGUACUAUCGAUUGUACAACAGUUAUGAUGAUUUACUUUUGUACAGAAAUUCUAGAGAGAACAGAGUGGAUUACGGGCAAGGCAGUGGUCAUGUGGUUUAUGAUAGCUUUCUUUUUUAUAACUGUCAUGGUUCUGGAGAUAUGUGCAAGCAUGAUGUAAAUGGAAACAAACUGGCUCUUCGAAGAAACCUCCCAGGUGCGGUGUUUAACAAUCGUUUCUCUUAUGCCGGUGUAGCUUGGCAGGAUAUUGAUUUUACUGUGGAUGAAAGUGGUUUGUGGGUCAUUUAUUCCACUGAGGCUAGCACAGGUAAUAUUGUCAUCAGUAAGCUCAAUGACACAACACUUACAGUAGAAAAUACUUGGCAAACAAGACAAUAUAAACCUUCUGUGUCCAAUGCAUUUAUUGUCUGUGGGGUUCUGUAUGCGGUCCGGCCCGUGAACACCAGGAAGGAAGAAAUAUUUUAUGCAUAUGAUACAAAGACAAAUCAGGAGAUCAGUGUAAACAUAAUGAUUGAUAAGGUCUUGGAAACUAUGCAGAGUAUUAAUUAUAGCCCGGAUGACCACAAAUUACAUGUUUAUAAUGAUGGUUAUCUUCUGUCAUAUCAACUGGAAUUUCAGCCACUCCCAAACUGAGACAUAAUGAAUUCUGAUGGCUAAAUCUUGGCUUCAUAUAGUGUAACCUGCAAUAUCUCAGCAAAGUCAGUUCAUGUGCAUCAAAUAGAGCCAGCAUUAGAUAGAUAAUGUAUAGGAAUCUCUUGCUAUAUGUUUAAACCCUUAAGGACACAUGACAUGAGUGACAUGUCAUGGUUCCCUUUUAUUCCAGAAGUUUGGUCCUUAAGGGGUUAAGGACUACUUAAUUUCAACCGUUGUAACAAGUGCAUAUCACAUUAAAGAAAUCUGUGAGAUAUUCAAAAAAUAGCUGAGGCAUCUUAUGUGUUCAAUUCUUGUGCCCUAUGCAGCUCACACCAAUAUGUAAGAAUAUUGGCCAGUGGCCACAUAACCUUUUUUUUGCCUACUUUUUUUGUUACUUUUACUUUGCGUUAGAGUUGCCACAUGGUGAACUGCACAUCACUCUUUCGCUUAGGGGUCUGCAUGUUCUAUUGUUCUUUUCGUGGGGAAUGCUCUGUAUUCUGCUAAAUUGUGUUUUCAUGUAUUUAUGUCUCUGCUUAAAUAAAACUUUGAAUAAAAAAAAAAAAAAAGAACCUAUCCAGAGUGCUGCUUUGGUUAUGCUGCCUAGCCUGCCUUUUUUAACUACCUACCUCUACCUCUCUCACAUAUGCAGCAGAUUUCAGGCAUCAACUAACUAUAUCCAAAGUCGAGUUUAGACAGUGACCCCUAUAUAUGUCAACAAUUACAGUUCAUGUGACUUGCAGUCAGAAUUUUGUGUUUACUCAUGAAACAAUAAGUUCCGGAGAGCCGAAGAGAGCAGACAAACCAAGAAGCAAAACAGAUUUUAAAAUAAUAAUAAUAAUAUUUUAAAUUGUUUUCACUGUAACAAUGUUGGCAUUAUGAACUCAGACCUGUUUAGUGGAUAUACCCUUAUGGCAGCUUGGACAAUAAGACAAAACAUUUUAGGUUAUUCAAAAAUAAUUAUGACCGUGUUAUUAGUAGUUAAUUAUACUAUGUUAUUGUUGAAGAAAACCAUACUCUAAUAAAAUAUAUGAUAAAUAUCAAAGGAAAUAUAUAUAUUUAUACAUUGUGCUCUAUCUGUUCUGCAGAUCUGCAUGUGGGAAGCAUUUCUAUGUAUCUCAUUUUGUUUCUUGUUUUGUUUUUGCAGUCCAUUAUUUGUUUAUCUUCUUGUUAUUACUCUGUGCUGUUUUGCUAUUUACUUGGCUGUAUAUUUGUUACGCUUUUGCCAAUGCUCUUUGUGUUUGCAUUUUGCAUUUUCUCUGGCUUGAAUUGUUACUUUCAGACAGAUGGACAGUUGUCUGAAUAAGCUAUCUCAAUCUGGAUGCCAAAUGCUAGGAAAAUAUUCAUGCUGCUGGCACUGUGGCCAUUUUCUUACAAAUUACACAGAGGGAAUUAUUAUUCUGCCAAUAUUCUACUUCUGAAUAUUCUGAAUGCCUCUAAUAUUCAAGUUAUAUGUUACGCAACAUCAAUAAAAUAGUAUAACGUAUCAAAAACGAUGGUGGGAUACUAUUUUUUGCUCAGUCUAUUGUGCCAUGGACAUUUUAAAUAGCACAGGUUAAAGUGCUUAGUCUACUUAAAGAGUUAAUGUCAACAUUAAACAAACAAAUAGGAGUACUGCCCCUUGUUUCAAUUUGAAAUUAACAAACACAGAAAACAAGGCAACAGAGAAGGGUUGUUUUUUUUUUUUUUUUUUUAUGUUUUCCCCCUCUUGUUUUUCUCCUGGCAUCUGUCUAUGUCAUUUCAGAAAUGAAACAAAAUGUUCAUUGUUGCAUCUGACAAAACAGUAAAGAAUUGUGCUCAAUACAAAGCAGGAAGACGUCAGGUCACAAAAUCCCUUAAUUCCCUAAGGGUGUAGGAAAUGGUUUUCUAGAGGCUGUUUCCAGGCCCCAAAAAGAUUUGGUUUUAAAAAAGAUAGGGUGAAUUUAAAUAUAUAACAUUAAAAUAUA